AUGGCGGACGCGAGCUGCAGCCUUCUGGAUGAGGAGAACGACGUGCAGCGGCCGGAGCAGCAGGGCGUGCUGUGCGCGCUGCAGCGCGACGCGUCGUGGAAGUGCCUGGCGCUGACGCUGCUCAUCUGCGGCUGCCUGGGCGCCGUCACGUGGUGCCGCCUCGCCGAGGUCACCAAGGUGAUCAUCAACUUCUCGCUGUACCCCAUCACGCGCACGCGCCAGAUGUCGCCGUGCGAGGACGGCUACCUGUACGUGCCGGUGGCCUUCCUGGCGCUGCUCUACCUGGUCUACCUGGUCGAGUGCUGGCACUGCACCGCGCGCCUCGACCUGCAGGGCCCGCGCGCCGAGGCGGCGCAGGUGCUCGAGCGGGUGCGGCUCAUGAAGGAGGCCCAGCCCGUCGUCUGGUGGAAGGCGGUGUGCUACCACUACGUGCGCCGCAAGCGGCAGGUGACGCGCUACCGGCACGGCGACGCCUUCACGUCGACGCAGGUCUACUACGAGCGCGUCAACUCGCACGCGGCGGGCGCCUGCUUCUCCUACAGCUACUGCGGCGUCCGCGACAUCUCGCGGGAGCUCAAGCUGGACGCCGACUGCCCGCUCACCAAGAUACGCUUCAGCAAGGGCUUCGCUUUCGCCAAUGUGGAGGCGGCGGCCGAGUUCGAGGAGCAGCGGGCGCGCUUCUUCGGCGAGUACGAGCGCGUCGACGACUACCUGGAGAUGCGGGAGGGGCUCGACGUGGCGCACUUCCGCGACGAGCAGCUGACGGUGGCGCCCGGCGUCGGCGCCUCCCUCUACAGCCCCACCGUCUUCUGGGUGUGCUCGCUGCUGCUGCUGUCCUGGCCGCUGCGCCUGCUGCUGCAGUGCCGCACCGCCUACCUCCACUACCAGCGACAGGUUCUGGACCUGCGGCCGCGAACGUCUGGAGGCCCGCUCGGCCCCCGUGGUGCGGACCGCCUCCUCCGGCGCCUCGGCUCUGCCGCUGCCACUGCCGCCACUUGCCGCGAGUUCCCGCUGCCCCGAUUAAUGACGCAAUAA